AUGGACUGGAUGAGGCUGUUCUUGCAGUUGAAGACCACCAUGGCUUCAUCCGCAGCAGUCUUCUGCCCCUGCAGUGCCCGCUUGACUCGCACACGUGAGCGCAUCGUGCGCUUAAGAUUGCGUAGUAGAACACUCUCGCGUUGGUCUUCGCGUCUCAGCAGCUUGAGUUCAUCGUCCUGCAGCUCACGCAGCUGCUCGACGCGUUGGCGUUGGUUGAUCACGUUCUCCACGAUGUGCGCGCGCAGUAGCUCCGUCUCGUCGGCUACGGCCUGCAGACGCUUGGCCAGACGCUCGCGACGACGACGCAUGACGUCGCCCACCUGUUUACUGGAGAAGGCCACGCACUUGAGCGCCUUGAGCACCUGCUUGGAGUUCUCUACCGGGUCGUCCGAGGCUGUGAGCUGGGGGAUGGCAGCCAUGGGCGACAUCCAAGAGAUGGCGGUGGUGGACAUUUGA